AUGUCGGGCCUGCAGAAACUCCCCCUCACAGUGACCCUCUGCCUGCUGCUCCUCGCCACACUGUUACCCAGCUCUGAGGCGCGCCGUGGUUUUGGAGGUGGCGGCCGAGGUGGUGGAGGACUCUUUGGCCGGGGCCGGGGCUGGGGGGGUGGUGGUGGUGGUCAGGCCUAUAGACCCAUCCAGAGCAGCGGCCCCAGUGCGGGGAAGAUAGCCGGGGCAGCUGCAGCCGGGGCCGUAGGAGGAGCAAUGGUGGGGUCUGCCCUGAGCCGCCCUGGGUAUGGGUAUGGAGGGUUAGGGGGAUAUGGAAUGGGGUAUGGAGGAUAUGGUGGGGGGUAUGGAGGCUAUGGAGGAGGCUAUGGAGGCUAUGGAGGGGGGUAUGGCCCCCCACGUUACGGAGGUGGCUACGGGCCCAGGCCUGGCUAUGAGGCAGAGGGCUCUGGAGACAUGGAGUACUACACGGCAGCAUCCAGCGGCCCCAUCUACAACAGUAUCAUCGUUGUCAUCGGCUCCCUGAUGUCCUUGCUCAUGGGCCACUGGGUGGCAGUCAUGUAG